GAACUCCAAGAACAGCUGUCACGUCUGCAAGAUGGAUUGUUCGCUGAACAUGAAAAGAAUAGAAUUAAUCACAAAAUAAAAGCUCGCACCGAACAGAAACUGUCCUUCACGCAUACGGCAAUGUGCUAUGAAUGCAUGCUGUCAGAUCCGUCAUUUAUCAGCCUUGCGCUAGAUUUCUCUAGCAAACAGCUACAGCUACUUCUCAACGCUGUUGUGCCUAACUUCCGUUAUGAGAGCGAACUACCAACAGUUGCUCCGCCACUGUUCGCCGCCUAUCCAGAGUUCUAUUUGGAUGAUGUGCUUGAUCUGGUGGUUGAGGUGGUCAUGAUGCUCACUCCUGCUGUUAUGCCGGCUGCACAAAAUCUGUGGUACCAGGUGAUAAACAGCCCAAUGGCAAUGGAAAAGCUCUUCCCCAGUUUGGUAAAGUUUUACUCCGAUGCUGAAGCUGGUACGGACUUCUAUGAGAAGUUCAGUAUUCGACGCAAUAUCCAAGAUUUGAUGUUUGCUCCUAGCGAUGCCUACAAUGGAUGCAUUCGGUUUCCAGAGCUUGCGGCAGCGCUGAAAAAGAUCCAUGAUGUGGAACUAGUAAUGUCCAACAAAGAAGAAUGGGCAGCGCUUGGAAGGGAGGAACAACAACAAAGGGAGGGCAUAUUAGAAGAUGCGAAGAGGCAGGUACGCUCAUGGCUAAUCUAUGCGAAAGAUACAUUAGAACUGCUGGGAUAUCUGACGAGGGAUGCUCCACAGCCAUUUGCUCAAGAUGUGCUUGGUGACAGAUUAGCGUCUAUGCUCAACCACAAUAUAGCGCAGCUAUGUGGGCGGAAGUGCAUGGAGUUGAAGGUCCGCGAUGCAGCAGAGCGAUUCCAGUGGGAGCCGCGCAAGCUAGUCGGCCAAGUAGUGGAUGUUUACCUCAACUUGGCUGCGUUCUCGGACACAUUCGCAGAGUUUAUUGCUCAUGAUGAGGCUAGUGAAUAG